AUGGAUUUCGACACCAUUAAUCGAGAGAAUUUUUCAAUGUACUCAAAAACCUUCGAAGCCAAUCCCUACAUUCCAAAAAUGGAAGAGGGUUUCUCCUCCGCCGCUGCUGCUUCCUCCUCUUCGUCCUCAUCUUCCUCGAACAGAUUCUUCACUAACAACACUCUCGAUUACUUCCCAUUCGAGGGAUCUUUGAACUCGAUUUGUUUCCCGUCGUUUCAAGAUCCCUUCGAUCCGUUUCAAGCCCAUUCCUUCGUCAGAUUCAACCAAGAAUUCCCAACUCCUACUGCUCAGAAUUCUUACAUGCAUAGCUGUCAUUCUCUCCGAUCUCUCGAGCCUUCCGAAUCGAUUCAGACAGCAGUAGAUCCUCAUCAUCAGUUUCAGACAAGCCAGCAUUUUAAUGAAUAUAAUUUGCAGGGAAGGAAUUUUUCUGAAGGAGAAGAUGAUGAAGGAGUUCAUCUCAAAGGAGGUGUUAAUGGUGGGAAAAAUCAAAACAAAAGGAAAAGAGUUGUUGAUAAAAAAUCUGAUAUCAUCAAAGGCCAAUGGAAUCCAGAAGAAGAUGGGCUGCUGGUGGAAUUAGUAGAGAAGUUUGGUGAGAGAAAAUGGUCUUCAAUUGCUCAAUUGCUUCCGGGAAGAAUUGGGAAGCAAUGUAGGGAGAGAUGGCUCAACCAUUUGAAACCAAAUAUUAAGAAAGACAGGUGGUCGGAGGAAGAAGACCAGAUUCUGAUCUCUGCCCAUCGAAAGCUAGGCAAUCGAUGGGCAGAGAUUGCAAGGAGCUUGCCCGGGAGGAGUGAGAAUACGAUAAAGAAUCAUUGGAAUGCGACGAAGAGGAGGCAGCUUUCCUCAUCAGCCAAUUCCAAGAACGCCUCCACCCCUCUCCAGAACUACAUAAGAACCCUCAUCAACGAGGCCAAGGCCCCCUCCCCGGCCCCCACACUCGAUGAAGAAACCUUCUCUUUGCACACGCAGUUUGAUAUCCAGAAGGAGAUGGACUUCAUGGAGAUGCUCUCUUGUGGCUAUAUUUGA